GUCAUAUUUCCCACUGUCUGUAACUCUGUAUCUAUCUAUAUAAAACCUUUGAUCAUUUUCAACUAUAAAACCCUUGAUCAUCAUUUGUCUUGCGUUGACUUUUAAUUGACCAAGAAAUGGAAGUGAAACUGGAAGUGGGUCAUGAUGGUGUUGCUGUGAUCACCUUCUCCAAUCCACCUGUUAAUGCCUUAGCUGUUCAAAUUAUUGCUUGGCUAAAGGAGAAACUUGAUGAAGCUAUGAGCAGAGAUGAUGUGAAAGCUGUUGUUUUGACUGGAAAAAAUGGCAGGUUUACAGGUGGAUUUGACAUUAAUGUGUUCCAGAAAAUUCAACAGACCGGAAAUUUAUCUUAUCUACCCGAUAUAUCAUUUGACCUUGUGAUCAAUAAACUUGAAGAUGCAAAGAAACCUAUAGUUGUUGCAAUAGAAGGAAUUGCAUUUGGGGCUGGAUUAGAAGUUGCAAUGGGAUGUCAUGCACGCAUUGCAACUCCAAAGGCACAACUUGGCCUGCCCGAAUUGUCUCUUGGAGUUAUCCCUGGGGCUGGAGGUACCCAACGACUUCCUAGGCUUGUCGGGUUAUCAAAGGCAAUUGAAAUGAUGAUGACCUCGAAACCUAUUCGUUCUGAAGAAGGGAAAAAGCUAGGCCUCGUUGAUGCUAUUGUGCCUUCUCAAGAUUUACUGGUAGUUUCUAGGCAAUGGGCAUUAGACAUUGCAGAAAAACGUAAACCAUGGAUCCGGUCCCUUCACUGCAUAGACAAGAUUGGUUCCCUAUCUGAAGCACAUGAAAUACUUAGGAUCGCUGGUCAACAAAUCAAACGGACUGUGGUUAAUAUGCCACAGCACCAGGCAUGUCUUGAUGUAAUUGAAGAAGGUAUUGUGCAUGGAGGAUACCCUGGUAUGUUAAAGGAGUUCGAAGUUUUUAACAAGCUGCUUGUUUCAGACACAUCAAAAGGUCUUUGUCAUGUGUUCUUUUCACAACGUGCAACCUCAAAGGUGCCUAAGGUUACUGAUAUUGGGCUCAAGCCGAGGGCUGUCAAGAAAGUAGCUGUCAUUGGUGGAGGUUUAAUGGGUUCAGGAAUAGCUACAGCCCUUAUUAUCAGUAAUAUACAUGUUUUUCUUAAGGAAGUCAACUCAGAGUACCUCAUGAAAGGGUUAAAAACCAUAGAAGCGAACGUCCGAGGUUUGGUUGCAAGGAAAAAGCUGGCAGAGUCUAGUGCUGACAAAGCAUUGUCAAUGAUUAAAGGGGUACUGGACUACUCAGAAUUCAAGGACGUGGAUAUGGUCAUCGAGGCGGUUAUCGAAAACGUACAGUUAAAGCAAAACAUCUUUAGUGAGAUUGAGAAGAUAUGCCCCCCUCGCUGCAUUUUGGCAACUAAUACAUCUACCAUUGACCUCAAUUUAGUUGGAGAGAAGCUAAGAUCUCAAGACCGGGUUGUGGGUGCGCAUUUCUUCAGUCCCGCGCAUGUGAUGCCUCUCCUGGAGAUUGUUCGAACAGAGAAGACUUCUGCUCAAGUGAUCCUUGAUCUUAUGACAGUUGGAAAGAUUAUUAAAAAGGUUCCUGUUGUUGUGGGAAACUGCACCGGGUUUGCUGUUAAUCGUACAUUCUUUCCAUACAAACAGGGUGCACACAUGUUGCUCCAUUUAGGUGUGGAUUUGUUUAGAAUUGACAGAUUGAUCAGCAACUUCGGGCUCCCAAUGGGCCCGUUUCAGCUUGAAGACCUGGUUGGAUAUGGUGUAUCUGUUUCCAUAGCGAAAGAAUUUGUUACGGCUUUUGCUGAUCGCACAUUCUCUUCUCCAGUAGUCGACCUUCUAAUUAAAAGUGGACGAAAUGGUAAAAAGAAUGGAAAAGGGUAUUACAUUUACGAAAAAGGUAGCAAGCCAAAACCCGAUCCCAUGGUGCUACCAAUUAUAGAGGAGUCAAGAAGACUAGCCAAUCUUAUGCCACAGGGAAAGCCCAUAUCUGUGACCGACCAAGAGAUAGUAGAGAUGGUAUUGUUUCCAGUAGUGAAUGAAGCAUGUCGUGUUCUAGAAGAAGGAAUUGUUGUUCGAGCAUCGGAUCUUGACAUUGCAUCUGUUUUGGGGAUGAGUUUUCCUUCAUACCGUGGUGGCAUUGUCUUUUGGGCAGAUUUGGUAGGAUGCAAACACAUAUAUACAAGUCUCAACAAAUGGGCUGAAAAAUAUGGCAACUUCUAUAAACCAUCAAGAUUCUUGGAAGAACGAGCAUUGAAUGAUGUCCCUCUGAGUGCACCUGUUUCGGCACCUACAACUGCAAGCUCUAAGGCCCGAUUGUAAACAAGUGAUAAUGCAUAUAUAUAUAUAUAUUGGGGAACUUACAUGAGGAUGAUUGUUAUAUACACAUGUUCUAUUCUGUAUACUCUAACUACAAAAUAAGUAUGCCCAGUGCCUUUUGGUACCGAUCCUUUGUUUUUUAGUGGAACGAUUAUUGUUUCUUUGGUUAUGAAAUAAAGAAAUACUAAGUUCAAUAA